AAGCGACGUUUCUCGGCCCGAGCGAAUCGUCUUUCCACGCAUCCGCCUCUCCCCGGGAUUUUUUUUUCUUUUUCUUUUCCCGACAGCGCGUAAAGCCGGGCUCGGUCAGACGGCUUGGCUCGCUGGGUCCGGCUGGGCGCACGUGCUCCGGCUGGCUGCUAUCAGAGGAACCCGCUGCCAGCCGAAGCGAGGGGUUCCCUAGCAGCUGCGCCUUAUCCUACGGGUGGCUUUUCUUUCUGCGCUUCCUUCUGUUGGAGCUGCCCUGCGACCAUGGCUGGGCGCCUCCUGUGGGGCUUUUGGAUCUCGGCAACCCUCGUGUACUGCGCGGGCAGCACCCGAGCGCUGGAGCUGGGUAACUCUUCGCCGCGCCGGGCCGAGAUCACCGCGCAUAGCCUGGCCGGCUUCUCCUGGACGACCGCGGCGCCCGUGGUGGAGGAAAGCUUCGGGGGUUCCAACGCUUCUCGCCCGGGAUCGCCAGGAGGGGCUGGCCGAGCGCUUUACCCGGCGUGCACCAGCCGGACGGAGAUCAAGAAUACUUUCAAAUACAUUAACACGGUGAUCGGUUGCCUGGUCUUCGUGCUGGGCAUCAUCGGCAAUUCCACCUUGCUCCGAAUCAUCUACAAGAACAAAUGCAUGAGGAACGGCCCCAACAUCCUCAUCGCCAGCCUGGCUCUGGGGGACCUGCUGCUCAUCCUCAUCGAUAUUCCCAUCAACCUGUACAAGCUUCACGCAGGAAAAUGGCCAUUUGGAGUUGAGUUGUGUAAAUUAUUCCCCUUCUUUCAAAAGACGUCUGUCGGCAUCAUAGUGUUAAGUUUAUGUGCUCUCAGUAUUGAUAGGUAUCGAGCUGUUGCUUCAUGGAGCCGUAUCAAAGGAAUUGGCGUACCAAAAUGGACAGCAAUUGAAAUUGUUUUGAUCUGGGUUGUGUCCUUUGUUUUAGCUAUUCCUGAAGCUAUAGGCUUUGAUGUUAUUACUAUGCCAUACAAUGGGGAGACGUUGUCUACUUGUUUACUUACUCCCCAACAAGAAUCAUCUUUUAUGAAGUUUUACCAGGUAGCUAAAGACUGGUGGAUUUUUGGUUUUUAUUUCUGUUUGCCACUGUUAAUCACUGCUCUUUUCUAUACUCUGAUGACCUGUGAGAUGUUAAGAAAGAAGAGUGGGAUGCAGAUAGCAUUAAAUGACCACCUGAAACAGAGACGUGAAGUAGCCAAAACAGUGUUCUGCUUAGUGGUUGUUUUUGCCCUGUGCUGGCUGCCUCUUAAUCUCAGUAGCAUAUUGAAGUUCGCUCUGUAUGAUCCCCGGAGCCCAAACAGGUGUGAUCUUUUCAGUUUUCUGCUGGUGUUGAAUUACAUUGGAAUCAAUAUGGCAUCUUUGAAUUCCUGCAUCAACCCAAUUGCUCUCUAUUUGGUGAGCAAAAGAUUCAAAAACUGCUUUAAGUCGUGCCUUUGUUGCUGGUGUCAUUCCAAAGACAUGCUAUCCCUGGAGGAGAAACAGUCCUGCUUAAAGUUCAGAGCAAAUGACCAUGGAUAUGACAAUUUCCGCUCCAGUAACAAGUACAGCUCAUCUUAAGGAAGAAAACUUGGACUCAGACUACUGUGGGAUAUUGCCAGGCUGUAAAGACGAGGACAGUUAAGCUGAAGACAACAGAUUCUGCAUCGUAGAGGAAAUUGAGCUAUCUGGGAAAGAAGUUUGAUAUUUUCACAGAAAUCUAAAUAUUUACUGAGCACACUAACAUCUUAACUAUGCCCAGUGUUCCUAAUCAUUUGAGUCAAUGUUGCUGGGGGUUUGGGGAGGAACUAGUCCUUUAAGCACUUAAAUUCUUCAAAACAGUCAUUGCCAAAUCAUUCAUGAAUCCUGUACAUGAAAUAAUUGUAUUCACCAAAGAGCCCAAUUAAUAAUUCUUAAUAUAGAAUUGUAUGAUGAUUAUGUUUCGGGCAACACCAACGCAUCUCUAUUAUUUUUUUAAAAAGUUUUACUUGCCUGUAAAAUUCAUAGGUAAGUAUGUAAGUGUAAUAUUUCAUUCCACCUGAAAUGUGUAGGUUGUAGCACGGUGCAUCCAGGACAUGGAUCAUGCUGGUAUAAAGUAGAAUGAAUAAGAAUUUUUCCCAUAGUGGUGAAGGAACUUAAAGAGUCACAAUCAGUCUUAAAGCAAUUUAGAUUUCUUUUUAAAGUAAACUUUUCAUCUGGAGUGAUAAAUGAACUUUUUAAAGGCUGGAAAAAUGGCCCUCAGCCAUUAAUAUCUGGGUCGUCUCCAGCUCUACUUAAGGUUUUAGGGAUAAUCUUGCACUGCUUGAGAUCCCCAAUGGUGUACAUGGCCCUUCUGGAAGUCAUCAGAGGAUUGGCUUCUAGGCCCUACUUUAAACAAGCAGCACUCUUUGGCAUGAUGUGUCACAAGCUGUGGAGGACCAAGCAAUGCAAAAACAGGCAGCAUUAGUAUGGCACGAGUGCAACACAUGAUACCAACUUUAGAAUUAAUAUAGUGCAGUGGUUCCAAAUGUGGCAACUUUAAGACUUGUGGACUUCAACUCCCAGAAUUCUCCAGCUAUAGUGUAAUUACCAGGCUUCUAUUUGGUUCUUUCUGGGGAAAAAUAUUUCUAGAUCUUAUAGUAAAUAUGUGCAUAAAGUUCCAGAAGUAGGAAAGGCAAUAGAACAAGUUUUCAGUCCUCUGCCAACUUACGUUGUCCUUUCCCAGUGCUGGUCAAACUGAUCUAACUCUGCAAAAUAAUAACGUAAAAUGAAAACAAUUGUGCAAACAUGCUUAAUUUAUGCAAAAUACGGAUUUUUUCUUUCUCAUCACAUUUAAACAGCAGGCACACAGAAUUUCAUUCUCACUCCCCCCCCCCCCCUUUUGGUUUUUUAACCAAGUAGCGUUACUGAGAUUUCAAAUGUUUGUUUCCUGGACACAGAAAAAUGCGUAGCUCUCUUUCUGUAGAUUUUUAACAAUACAUUGCUGUUGCUAUGGCAGACCAAGCACAUCUGUGACAGGAAUUAACUACCAUCAGUAUUAGUCUGAGUUAUAUGUGGAAACAUGGAUGGACUUGCAUCCAAAAGGAAGGCAGGGAUUCUCCUCUAUUAUUUCUUCCUCUUCUUCCUCUAAAUCUGUCUUGAAAUGGCAAUAAGAAAUUCCCUACCUUUUUUGGUCCUCCUGAUCUUUUAAAUUGGCUAUAGAUCUGGUAGCAUCCCUCAUUUUUCCUUAUGGGACAUUUAAUUGCAUCUGUGUAAAUAUUCCAUUAAGCCAUUAUGAAAGCUAUAAUAAUAAACAGUUAAAAUCUGGGCUGGCCCCAAUAUUGAUACCAUUCGUUAGUCAGAGAGAGAAAUACUGUGGUAUUCUGCUCCACAAAUAGUGGGGUUUUUCGUGUUGAUACUGCUAGUUAACACAGACAUAAACUUAGUAUCAGUAUUAAAUAAUAUUGUUUUAAGUUAUCAAAGAGGCUGUAUAUAACCACUCCAAAUUCUUGUCCUGCAGUCCAGAAAGUCUAGAAGAGAAUAGAUUAUUGAAGGCUUCCCUAAAAUGUCUUCAGGUUAACAUUGUGGCAGGAUCCACUAUCAUUAAUGAAUCCAGGGGUGU